AUGGGUAAGAAACUUUUGUUGUUGGGUCUCCUUACUCUUCAGCUCUUAUUUGGAACCCUCUUAGUCUCAGCUGCACCAUUCACUACUUCACCUGCAAAAAUUGUUAGUGGGUUUGUCUCCAAUGCUGUGCCUGCUUUCACCAAAUGGGUGUGGUCACUCAAGGCUACCACCAAGACGGCGGUUUCGAGCCGGUCGAUGAUGAAGUUCGAGAGUGGGUACAAUGUGGAGACUGUGUUUGAUGGAAGCAAGCUUGGAAUCGAGCCUUUUGCUGUUGAGGUGUUGCCCAAUGGGGAGCUUCUGAUUCUGGAUUCGGCUAAUAGUAACGUUUAUAGAAUUUCCUCCUCACUUUCUUUGUAUAGCAGACCAAAGCUGGUGGCAGGAUCAGCUGAAGGAUACUCUGGACAUGUUGAUGGGAAGCUAAGGGAGGCUAGGAUGAACCACCCAAAGGGGAUAACUGUUGAUGACCGAGGAAAUAUUUAUGUUGCAGAUACUGCAAAUAUGGCAAUAAGGAAAAUUAGUGAUUCAGGGGUCACAACUAUUGCUGGAGGAAAAUGGAGCCGUGGAGGGGGCCACGUUGAUGGACCAAGUGAAGAAGCUAAAUUCUCUGAUGACUUUGAUGUGGUUUAUGUUGGAAGUAGUUGUUCUCUACUCAUCAUAGACAGAGGAAACCAAGCCAUUAGGGAGAUUCAACUCCACUUUGAUGAUUGUGCCUAUCAAUAUGCAAGGGGAUUCCCACUUGGGAUUGCAGUGCUUGUUGGGGCUGGCUUCUUUGGUUAUAUGUUGGCAUUGCUACAGCGUAGACUUGGUUCAAUUGUAGCAUCCCAGGAUACUCAGGUUCCAGUAACAGUAAUGUCUUCCUUUCCUCCAAGUGCAUAUCAAAAGCCAUUGAAAUCUGUCAGGCCUCCUUUAAUUCCAUCAGAAUAUGAACCUGAUAAGCAGGAAGAAGGUUUCUUUGGAUCCCUGGGGAAGCUUCUUGCCAAUGCCGGCGCAUCAAUGACAGAGAUAAUGGGAGGGUUAUUUCCUUCUUUUAGAAAAAAACCCCAGAGCUACCAAUUUCAAAGACAAGAACUGCUCCAGCAACCUCAGAAGCAAGUAAAUGCUUGGCCUGUGCAGGAAAGUUUUGUGAUUCCUGAUGAAGAUGAGCCACCAUCUAUUGACACAAGAACCCCAACCCCUCGUAAAACGUAUGCUUUCAUGUCCAAGGAUGCAGAGAAAAUGCAACAACUGCGGCAAAGUCGUGCAUUCUAUAGCGGAUGGGAUGGAGAUCUUCAACAGCAGCAGCAACAACAACAACAGCAACAGAAACAACAUCAUCAUCAUCAUCGCCAUCAGUACCGUUCUUCAACCCCUCACACUUACUAUGAGCAGAGCCAUGAGACAACCAAUGAGAUAGUGUUUGGGGCAGUGCAGGAACAGGAUGGGAAGCAGGAGCAUGUGGUUAUCAAGCCUGUGAAUUAUGGGGAAUCACUGUAUGAACAUCACAAUAUGCGGUCUCGAAUGAGUUCCAUGGGUUAUACCCCUAGGUAUUGAGUAUAUACAGUUAGGACAUUUAGAAGUAACUAAACCUUAUUCCAGCUUUGAUUGGAAAGGGG